GGUCUUUGUGAUGAGCUUGCUCUGGUUGAUGUUUUGGAAGACAAACUAAAAGGAGAAAUGAUGGACCUACAGCACGGGAGCUUGUUCCUUCACACUCACAAGAUUGUGGCAGACAAAGACUAUGCUGUCACAGCCAACUCCAAGAUUGUGGUAGUAACUGCAGGAGUUCGUCAGCAAGAGGGGGAGAGUCGUCUCAACCUGGUUCAGAGGAAUGUGAAUGUCUUCAAAUUCAUUGUUCCUCAGAUCGUCAAAUACAGCCCCAACUGCACCAUCCUGGUGGUUUCCAACCCAG